ACAACAGUGUCUGUCUCCAUUAGCAGAGGAGCAGCCUGGCUCUCCUGUCACUUAUUAUCCAACAUUAAACCCCGAGGGCACAGAGGGCUUUAUAGUCGCCAGUCUGGAGGAAACACCGAAACUCUUUACGCGUUCAAACAGCUAAUGUUAACCUGCGUGUUAAUGUUUUGUCGUUAGCAUCAGGACAGCAGCGAGCUGUGCGUGGAGGAGGAGGAGAGGUUACUGUGUGACACUCAAACAACAAACUGUCAUUAGCACGCCAGAAAAAAUCAAGUAGCUGGACACGAAGUUGGCGACAAGCAAGGAGGCGAAAAGAAGAAUUUUACGAAGGCAGGACACAAGACAGGGCGUUGUAUCUGUACGAACAGCCCCAGUAACUUGGAACAAAAGCCCUGUUGUUGGAAUAUCAUGUGACUGUGUGUGUGUGUGUGUGUGUGUGUGUGUGUGUGUGUGUGUGUGUUUUCCACCCUUGUCAUGUGAUCUGAGCUCCGGGCAGGGUCUGAGAAGUGCUGAGUCGCUAGGAGAGGUUUCUUCCACCCUGGGAACAGUGAGCCAGUGAGCAUGCGGGCAGGCAGAAGAGAUGGAGGGCCAGACAGACAAGAGUUGUGGAAGGGAGUCAAAGAAGAUGCAGAAAUGCCUUUGCCUUUUUGUACCAUGACAAGAAAGCACCACUCUCAUUCUCUCAUGUAUCUGCUUGUUUGUCUUGGAUGGAUUUUUAAAAGCAGCAAAGUCAUGAUGCAGGCCUGCGUUUUGAAUCAUAUCAACUUCUCUGUGGCGAGAAUACUUCUCUCUUCAGGGGCCUUUUUUCACCCAACGAGGGGAGGCCACCAGACCGAGGUGCUGCUGAAACCCCUGGCUGAUCCCUCAGGAGCAUGAGUCAUGACCUCAGUGGUGCUGGUCGACACUGGUGGGACAGUGGUGGAGUAUGUCACGGCUGAAGAGGACCCCCAGCAGGAGGCGGAAUGUGAGGCAGAGAUGGAGCUUGAGGGAGAGGUAGAAGGCGAGUGUGAAGCAGAGGCUGCCUAUGAAGAAGAACAGGAAAUAGACGAGGCUGAGGAUUACCCUGCAGUCAUAGUAGAGGAGGUACCUGGAGCCAGCCUGGCCGAGGAGCAUUACUCAGGUCAGGUGGUGGUAUAUCAAGAUGAGGCCUACCUGAUGCAGGAAGUGGGCGAUGAGCAGGAAGUGGAGACAGAAGGAGAGGCAGUGGAGGCUUCUGUCCAUGGCACCAGUGUGCACUGCUCUGACAAGACCUUUGAGGCUGCAGAGGCUCUGCUACGAAUGGAUUCACCUUCCAGCCACAGGGAAGACAGAAGCCCAGAAGCAUUUAUUCCACCGUGUAUAGUGACACCAGAUUUCCUACACGCUGCCAUGCGUCCGGACAUGAUUGCAGAGACGGAGGUAGAGAUAUCAACAGAGGAGUGCUGCGAGGAGGAAGAUGAGGAGAUGGUCACCCUCCUUGAUGAGCCAGACCACGGCCACGAGCCUGUCAGGAAAAGAAGAGCUGGACGGAAACCGAAGACACAUCAGUCAUCUGUUUCCAACGGCUCACCAGACCUCGGCAUCAAAAAGAAACCAAGAGAAGGGAAAGCAGGGAGCACCACCUACCUUUGGGAGUUCCUACUGGACCUACUCCAGGACAAGAACACCUGUCCCAGGUACAUCAAGUGGACCCAGAGAGAGAAGGGCAUCUUUAAACUGGUCGACUCAAAAGCUGUGUCCAAGCUGUGGGGCAAACACAAGAACAAGCCUGACAUGAACUAUGAAACUAUGGGGAGGGCGCUCAGAUAUUACUACCAGCGAGGCAUCCUGGCCAAGGUGGAGGGCCAGCGGCUGGUUUACCAGUUUAAAGAGAUGCCCAAAAACAUUGUCAUCAUCGACGACGAUAAGGUAGACCUGCCCACCCCCGACGAUCUGAUCACUUCAGAGACGGCCGCAUCCUUUGAGCGUGUGAUGCCCUCACCAGACAUGCUGAUUUCCUCCAAGAAGCCCAACAUCCUGCGAGGCGGGAACAGGGCCAACGUGGUCCAAGCUUCUGUCGCCACAGUCGCCAAGACGGCAGCAGGGGGCGGUGCAGCGGUGGCAGCAGGGGUGCAAAGGAUUGUGACUGUUUCAUCAGCAUCUGAUGGGGGUCAGACUCAGCAGUCUCAAACAGCUAUCAUCAGUAAUGCCUCUGGGCCCAGGACUGUGCGGGUAGCUAUGCAGGUGCCCGUAGUCAUGACAACAUCAUUGGGUCAGAAGAUUUCCACUGUUGCUGUUCAACAACCUGCAGGAACAACAGGGGCUGCUGGACACACCGCCCUCCUCACCAACACUUCUGCUCUCGGUGCUGCUGGUAACCCAAACUCCCAACAGAAGGUUGUGAUCCAGACUAUCCCCACCAUGGUUCCAGCCACAGCAGAGAACGGAGACAAGAUCACUGUCCAGUUGGCAAAGAUCAUCACGAUUCCCGCCCACCAGUUAGCUCAUUGUCAGCUCCAGACAAACACAGGCACAAACAAAACCGGUUCCCAGGGCGGCAUCAGCCUCCUCGGGGGCCCUCUUACAGUCCGGACCCUGGCGCCUUUCAAUGUCGCCCCUGGAGCACAAGUGAUGAGACUCACUGUGCCGACUCAGACGCAUCCACAGACUCUGGUGGUGUCACAGCCAGGCAGCGGGGCAGGGGUGGUGACCGUAUCAACGGCCAAUCAGACGGCAACAACACAGCAUCGGAUCAUAAGCGGAGUGAUUAACGGUUCGGAGCUGGUUCUAGGAUCAGCAACAGCCGGAGGAGUCGUAGUGGAAAAAUUGAAGGUCCAAGCUGUGCAGGUGCCGGUGAAUAUGGCGGUCCAGCAGAACCAGUCAAACCAAAAAACUGUCCAGAAUGUCAAGUCAGAGGUCAUGGACGCUGAGGUGGUUAUCAAACUGGAAACACCUGAUGUGUGAAGAGAGACGAGACAGAGUGUUGAGCACACUCGAUCUUCAUUAACCUGCUCCUUGUCUGCCAGAGACGGUUAGUUUGUGCAUGUCCAAGGUCCUUUUUUUUUCUCACUCUUUAAUUACCAGCAACAGUCUGUGAGACUGUGUGUGUUUCAGUGGAGGCCUGUUCCCGAAGGCCUGUUUUUAGUCCUGAACCUUCCUCACAUCUUCCCUGAUGCUGCCUAAAACUGAACUGAAGCGGUCUCCCUCAGGACCACACUGACACCUGAGUGUCAGAGGGGUUUAAACUAUGCUGUGCAACAAAUGAAUACAGACUAAAAAAAGGGACUUUUGGGAAAGGGACCAACCUUGAUCACUACAUAUGCCUUCUGAAUAGAUUGCUGUCACUGACUCAAAUUUGGGAAAAAAAGGAAAGUAUCUUGAAAAUACAAAAAAAAAAGAUGAAACACUACAAAAGGAGGCGAAUAAUUACAACUGACAAUGUGAACUAUGAUUAAAGACAGUGGGGUGUGCGAUAACGCUUUUGUAGAAACAAUUUGUUAAUGACUUUGCCUCCACUGAUGUUAAAACCAGCAACUUUUUUUUUUUUUUUUUUACGUAUCACUGUGUAGCUCAAGUGUGUGAGGUGCUACAUGAGUCCUGAGAGAGAGGAAAAUUGAGAGAGGCUCGAACGAUAUGGGACAGAAAGUGGUUAUGUAUGUACAUAUAUACAUAAAUAUAUAUAUUAUCUACUAUACAGUUUAUGGAGCUAAAGUUUAACAGCCUUAGAUUGAAUUUUGACUUUCUUUUUCUUUGUAUUGUCUGAACAGUUAAGAAUUUUGUUUUGUGUAUUGAGACGUUGUACCAAGCACAGUAUUAUUAACAUGGGGGAACUAAUCUUUCUACUAUCUGUAGUUCCUCCGUCUCUGUUGGGCUGUUAAGCGCCCAUGUAGACUAAAUCUAACAGGAAACACUGCAGCACAUUGUUCUCCAGUGGAAAAUGUCUUUUUGAAUUUCAAAUUGAUUACACAAAUGCAUCUCGACUUUUUCUUAAUUCUUUUAAUUCUGGAUGGAUUAUUUCACUUUUCACAACCCUGCACAGUGUGGCUGCGUGGAGAUGCAGAGAAAUGUGACUCUGGUGAAAAAAGUUCUUCAAAUGAAAAAGCAAUGUAUGUGGACUCAGAUUGAAAUGAAGCGAUUAUUCUAAAUGUUAAAAGAGAGGCAUAGUAAGUCACAAGUUUAUGCAAAAUGUCUGUGAGAAAUCUCAAACCACUGUGGAGUCCAGGUCACUUUACUGUAAACAGAGGGUCAAUUUGCCAACAUUACACUUUGUCACUUAUAUUAGGCCCCUUUAUUCAUUUUUAUCGAUAUAAAAAAGAGGGAAGAUGUUGUAGAGCUGUGUUCAGACUGAACUGUUUGUAUAUUCAACAUUUGAAGUAUAUUCUAUUUUGCUGUACUCUUGUUUCAAAGUGUAUUAGAUUUUACUGAAAUAUAAAAAAACAUUUGAAACCUG